CUCUGUUACUGAGAGGUAAAAUGGCUAAGAGAGGAGAUCAGCUGGACCGACAGAAAAUCUCCUGCUCCAUUUGUUUGGAUCUACUGAAGAAUCCAGUGACUAUUCCCUGUGGACACAGCUACUGUAUGAACUGUAUUAAAGCCCGCUGGGAUGGAGAACAUCAAAGGAGGAUCUACAGCUGCCCUCAAUGUAGAGAAACUUCCAGGCAAAGACCUGCACUAUCAAAAAACAUCUUGUUGUCAAAGUUGGUGAUGGAUGUAAAGAAAACAUCCAGACACCAAGCUGCUGUAGUUAAUCACUGCUAUGCUGGAGCUGAAGAUGUGGCCUGUGAUGUCUGCACUGGAAGGAAAAGGAAAGCUGUCAAGUCCUGUUUGUCCUGCCCUGCUUCCUACUGUGAGGAUCACCUCCAACCUCACUAUGAUGCUCCACCAUUAAAGAAGCACAAACUAACAAACCCCUCCAAGAGGCUUGAGGAGAACAUCUGUUCUCGUCAUGAUGAGGUGAUGAAGAUCUUCUGUCGUACUGAUCAGCAGUGUAUCUGUUAUCUCUGCUCAAUGGAUGAACAUAAAGGCCAUGAAACAGUCCCAGCUGCAGCAGAAAGGAUUGAGAAGCAGAAGGAGCUCCAGGAGAGACGACAACAAAUCCAGCAGAGAAUCCGGGACCAGGAGAAAGAUGUGAAGCUGCUUCAACAGGAGGUGGAGGCCAUCAAUGGCUCUGCUGAUAAAGCAGUGGAGGACAAUAAGAUCUUCACUGAUCUGAUCCGUCUACUGCAGAAAAGAAGCUCUGAUCUGAAGCAGCAGAUCAGAUCCCAGCAGGAAACUGAAGUGAGUCGAGUCAAAGAGCUUCAGGAGAAGCUGGAGCAGGAGAUCACUGAGCUGAAGAGGAAAGAUGCUGAGCUGGAGAAGCUCUCAAUCACAGAGGAUCACAACCAGUUUCUCCAGAACUACCCCUCACUGUCAGCACUCAGUGAGUCUACACACUCAUCCAGCAUCAAUAUUCGUCCUCUGAGAUACUUUGAGGAUGUGACAACAGCUGUGUCAGAGCUCAGAGAGAAACUACAGGACAUCCUGAGAGACACAUGGACAAACAUCUCAGUGGCAGUAUCUGAUAUGGAUGUUUUACUUUUAGAACCAGAACCAAAGACCAGAGCUGGAUUCCUAAAAUAUUCAAGGGAAAUCACUCUGGAUCCGAAGAGUGCACACAUAUUGCUGUUAUUAUCUGAGGGGAACAGGAAAGUAACAUUUGGGUUUAAACAACAACGUCUUAUUGCUUUUAAUCCAUCCAUAGUUAAUGGUUGUUGUCAGGUUAUGGGUGGAGAGCAUCUGCCUGGACGCUGUUAUUGGGAGGUGGAGUGGAGAGGAAGGGCCAUACGUCUAGCUGUGUCAUCAAAUGAUAACAGAAUAGGAAGCGCAGAUGCAAAUUUGUUUGGAUCGAAUACUAAUUCCUGGGCAUUGCGUUGUGAUAAGAAUAGUUAUACAUAUAUCCACAAUAAUAUGAGAGUUCCAGUAUCAGGUCCAGUUUCCUCCAGAAUAGGAGUCCUCGCUCUACCAACUGAGCUAUCGAAGGCAGAGGGAAGGCACGCCCUCAGAA